AUGAAACGGCUGAAACCUCGACCUGCUCUCCCUGACGACUUGAUCGCUUCUGAGUCGGUAUUUUUCAGGAAACCAGGAAAUGAAUCUGUCGUCGGCUCGGGAACAUACGGUAAAGUCUUCAAAGGACUAAAUGUCUACACCAAGGGGCUCGUUGCUCUAAAACGAAUUCGUAUGGAGGGCGAAAGGGAUGGCUUCCCAGUAACUGCCGUGCGGGAGAUCAAGUUGCUGCAGUCACUGAGGCACACAAACAUUGUCAAUCUUCAGGAGGUCAUGGUAGAGAAAAACGACUGUUUCAUGGUUUUCGAGUACCUCUCUCAUGACUUGACUGGCUUACUCAACCACCCUUCCUUUACUUUGGAUCCAGCCCAGAAGAAGCACUUGGCCAAGCAGCUUUUCGAAGGUUUAGACUACCUUCAUGAGAGAGGCGUGCUUCAUCGCGACAUUAAAGCCGCAAACAUUCUUGUCAGUAGCGAGGGCAUAUUGAAGCUGGCGGACUUUGGUCUUGCUCGGUUUUAUGCGAAACGGCACCAGCUAGACUACACAAACCGUGUCAUUACAAUCUGGUAUCGAUCCCCUGAACUCUUGUUGGGAGAGACCAAGUACACUGCCGCCGUCGAUGUAUGGAGUGCGGCGUGCGUCAUGGUAGAGAUUUUUACACGGGUUGCCAUCUUCGCCGGAGACGGGACGGAGCUCAGCCAGCUCGAUAAGAUCUACAAUAUCCUAGGGACGCCAACCCGCCAAGAGUGGCCUGGGAUCACUGACAUGGCAUGGUUCGAGCUGCUCCGGCCAACUGCAAAGCGAAAGAACGUCUUUGCAGAAAAGUACAAAGACAAGGUCUCCCCUGCUGCGUUCGACUUAUUGGAAUCCAUGUUCUGCUAUGAUCCGGCCAAUAGACCCACGGCAGCUAUGGUCUUACAGCACCCAUACUUCACUACCGAAGAGCCACUGGCUACACAGGCAGUAGAGUGA